UAACAAUUUUUGAAAAAAAAUCCUUACUUUCUUUACACCCCGUCAAACCAUUUUCAUAUUCAUAAUAUAUACACACACACAGUAUAUAUAUACACAAAAACAAACAGACAGCAUCAGAUUCGGUUGGAAUACUAUAAGAUCAAAUCUAAGGUUGUAAAAACCCAUACUUGUAAGUAAGUAUGGAAAGUAGUAAUAAUAUAAAUUUUCAGAUGAAAGUUGAAACAGGGGAUGCUGGUUAUGUUCUUGAAGAUGUUCCUCACUUGACUGAUUACAUCCCUAAUCUUCCUACGUAUCCGAAUCCAUUGCGAUCCAAUCCUGCAUAUUCGGUUGUGAAGCAGUACUUUGUUGACGCGGAUGAUACUGUGCCUCAAAAGGUUGUUGUCCACAAGGAUGGUCCAAGAGGAACACAUUUUCGACGAGCUGGACCUCGCCAAAGGGUCUACUUUGCACCUGAUGAGGUGCAUGCUGCUAUCGUAACAUGUGGUGGUUUAUGUCCUGGACUAAAUACAGUGAUCAGGGAAAUUGUAUGUGCACUUUAUCACAUGUAUGGUGUCACCAGAGUUCUUGGUAUAGAUGGAGGGUACAGAGGUUUCUAUUCAAAAAAUACCAUUGAGUUGACACCAAAGGUUGUGAAUGAUAUCCAUAAACGUGGUGGCACAAUUAUUGGUACCUCUCGAGGGGGACAUGAUAAACCAAAGAUAGUUGACAGUAUUCAGGAUCGUGGUAUUAAUCAGGUUUAUAUAAUUGGAGGUGAUGGAACCCAAAAGGGUGCAGCUGUUAUCUACCAGGAAGUAAGAAGGCGUGGGCUUAAGGCUGUAGUGGCUGGCAUUCCAAAGACAAUUGACAAUGACAUUCCGGUGAUUGAUAGGUCCUUUGGUUUUGAUACUGCUGUUGAAGAGGCUCAACGUGCGAUUAAUGCUGCACAUGUGGAGGCAGAAAGUGCUGAAAAUGGCAUAGGGGUGGUCAAACUCAUGGGGCGCUACUGUGGGUUCAUUGCAAUGUAUGCAACUUUGGCGAGUCGAGAUGUUGAUUUGUGUUUGAUUCCUGAAUCACCUUUCUAUCUUGAGGGAGAAGGGGGACUUUUAGAAUAUGUAGAGAAACGUUUAAAGGAAAAUGGACAUAUGGUUAUUGUUGUAGCAGAAGGUGCAGGUCAGGAACUUCUUGCAGCAGAAAGCUCGAGUUCUUCAACUGCACAAGAUGCUUCGGGAAAUAAACUACUUCAAGAUGUUGGUUUGUGGAUUUCUGAUAAAAUCAAGGCUUACUUUGCUCGACAGACGUCUAUGCCCAUUACCCUAAAGUACAUAGAUCCCACUUACAUGAUCCGUGCGGUUCCAAGUAAUGCAUCUGACAAUGUGUAUUGCACUCUCCUUGCUCAGAGUUGCGUUCAUGGAGUAAUGGCGGGUUAUACCGGCUUUACCAGUGGGCUUGUCAAUGGUAGACAGACUUAUAUUCCAUUCAAUCGUAUUACCGAGAAGCAGAAUAAUGUUGUGAUAACUGAUAGGAUGUGGGCAAGGCUUCUGUCAUCCACCAAUCAACCUAGUUUCUUGGGACCAAAAGACUUGAUUGAAGCUCAGAAACAAGAAGAACCGCCGGUUCAACUAUUGGAUGGAGAUAAUAGCAAGGCUUAGUAACAACUAAUUCAAGGAAGAGGAUUCAUCAUUAUGCACAAAAAUAACAGCACUAUUUUGGAUGUAAAUGGUCAAGUUUAUGCACAAUUUUCAUUACGCUAAGGUGUUCUAAAGCAUAUAUAAAACCAAGGAGUCUUGGUGUACUUGGAUCGUAUUAGUGUUAGUCAAUUGAGAUAAUUUAAGUUGCAGUCUGUAACUGAUAUAGCUUUUGAUGCCUUGAGUGGCUUGGUUAAGCAGACUCAAUGAUCUUGGCCCCCCCUUUUUUUGUUCUUGUGAUUGAAUAAUGUCAUUUUUCCCUGGGUGGCAUUUGUUGCAAA